UGAGUUUGAUUAGAGGAAAUUCCGUACUUGUAUUGCUCAUGAGGCUGUAAACCCUCUAUUUCUUGAUUUCAAUGGUAAUUUAAUUUCUGAUUAAAAUAAACACUUUGCAUCAAUAGCAUGCAUGCCAAGUUCUUUCUAAAUGUUUUGAUUGAAAUCUCUCUUUGGAUUUACUGGAUUGCUAUGAUUGAUCAAUGUCACUCGAGCUCCACCUGGAUGUGUGUGCCCAAUAUGAGCAAUCCAGUGUCCUUACAGGAUUUGAUACAAAAACCAAGAACAGUACUAACUGUUGAUUGAAUUGUGUAUUUCACUGCAACUUAUCCUGAUAAGUUGAUCAAGAUUUUCACUACAUAACGAGCAAACCAGUUAGAUUCCUAGGACCACCGACCAAUCAUAACUGUUCAAACUUUUCGCAUCCCAAGAAAUUAAAGAUUUUGUUCUGUCACCAUUUCCCUCCUAUAAAAAGUCCAUGGAAGAACACAUUACCUCAAGCUUUAAUCUUGUCCUAUAACCCUUCAUGGAUGAAUCAAAAACUUGGAAAGGUGAUGGGGAUGAAAAUUUCUUGCGGUCGCAGAGUCUAAGUGUUGUACUAAAACUGUAUCUGCUCAAAUUUGUUGUGUAUGGAGCUGAGAAGGUGCUUAAGGAUGGAAAAUCAGUGAGGCUGAAUAGUCUUGCAUUCGACCGGCCUAGGAGUUUUUCAAGCAAGGACUUGGCUUCUAGUUCAAAGGAGAGAAGAUGCAGAGCAGUAGUUAACAAUGCAUUGCAAGAAAAUGAAAGGAAUGAUGAAGAGUAUGUGAAUGUGUCAAGAUUGGUAAAUCAUCCUUCAUUGGGAGGCUACUCUGGUGGUGGACUAUUGCCUUUGAAUUUUUUUGCUUACCUUGCAAUCUUGCCUAUAAAAUUCAUGGGUUUUCAGAUUAAUGUGCUGGUUAGUCUUUUAACAUUCCCAAUUCGGCUAUCUUAUCUUUCAUUGAUGUUCUUCAUCUUUCCGAUUCGAUCCCUGAAGGAGCUCAGAAGGUGUUUGAUCAAAAGGGUGUUCCAAAUGUGGGAUGUGAGAAGUAAAAGUGUGAAACAGAAAGCUCAGAAGUCAAUGUUGAAUGUUGCAAUGAGACUUGGUUGCGGAUUCUUUUGGUCAAGCUAUGUGUUUUUCUUGCUUUUGGGGCUAUUGGUAUCUGGUUUUGUACUUGGGAGUCUUAUUGUAAGACAAAUAGCAGUACAACCAAUUCAGAUAACAGAAAGCCUAAAUUUCGAUUACACCAAGCCUAGUCCGGUUGCUUUGGUCCCGAUUAUGUCUUCUCCUGGCAUGACGGAUACUAUGAAGCAGCGCGGUGCUCGUGCCAUUCCUUACAAUCACAAGCUGCGGCUCACUGUUUCAUUGACGCUGCCAGAGUCUGAAUACAAUCGGAAACUUGGCGUUUUCGUGGUGAGAGUCGAUUUUCUAUCGGCAAACGGUGAAGUCACUGCUAGUUCAAGCCAUCCCAGCAUGUUAAGGUUCAAAAGUGAACAACUCAGACAUGUUGAAGCAAUUAUCAGGAGUGCAGCAAUCAUUCCUGGGCUGCAAUCAGAAUCGCAAAUUCUCAACAUAAAAAUGAAGGAAUUCACUGAAGGACUUGAACCGACUGCCUACUUGAAGGUUGUAUUAGAACAGCGAGCGGAAUUCGAAUAUGGAGCAGGAAUACCAGAAAUAUAUGGUGCAACAUUAGUACUCGAAUCCGGGCUUCCACUGCUGAAAAAGAGCAUUUGGUAUUGGAGAAGAACAAUUCUGGUAUGGACAAGUCUUACGUUGUUCAUGCUAGAGUUGAUGUUCAUUCUAGUUUUCUGUAAACCCUUGUUAAAACCAAGAGGGAGGCCUGGAGUUGUAUCCUCCAAUAGGGUUUCUGAUCUGAAUAACAUUGUUUCAUGGCGCAAAACCGGGCGAGAUUAAGCGCGCGUUCGAAGAAGGAGGACGUUAACGAUGAAAGAUAACAUUUAACUGAGGAAUAUUUUAAGCACUUACAGGGCAUUUGGUUCAUAAUUGUGUGAGGUGAGUAUGGGGUGAAUGUGAAUUGAGCAUGGUCAUAUUUGGUUUAAAAUAAAGAGUGAGAAUUUUACUAAUACAGUAUCCAUAUUAUCAUUUUUUCUUUGUAGAAAAUAAAAAGAAUAGUAUUAAUUUAAUGGUUUUGAUUAUUUUAUAAUGAUGGUAA